AUGAUACCUGAGUCAAGAGGCAAUGAUGAAAAGCCUGAUAAUUUCACCAUUCUCAUUGCUCUGAAGGCGUGUGCGAGGUUAAGGGCGCUAGUGUGUGGAAAAAUAAUACAUGGGCUUGUGAAGAAACAUGAGAAGGUAGCAUUGGAUAUGUUUGUAGGUUCUCUGUUGAUUAAAUUGUAUUCCAAAUGUGGAGAAAUGGGCGAGGCUGUGAAAGUGUUUGAUGAGUUUCCGCAACUGGAUGUGUUUUUGUGGACUUCUAUGGUUACUGGAUAUGAGCAGAAUGGUGAUCCUGAAGAAGCGUUGGAGUUCUUCUCCCGAAUUGUGAUGGUGGGGAUCAUUAAUCCUGACCGAGUGAUGCUUGUUAGUGUUGUUUCAACUUGUGCGCAGUUAUCAAAUUUUAGAAUUGGAAGUUGUGUGCAUGGUGUUUCUAUUAGGAACGGAUUCGACUCUGAUUUAUCUUUAGGUAAUGUGUUGCUAAAUCUCUAUGCAAAGGCAGGUUCUGUCAAAACUGCCGCUAGGUUGUUCAUGAAGAUGCCGGAAAAAGAUGAAGUUUCUUGGAGCUCCAUAAUUGCCUGUUACGUUCAUAAUGGGGAUGUAACAGAAGCGUUAAAUCUUUUCAACGAAAUGAUUGAUAUGAGAAUCGAACCUAAUUCAGUGACUCUGGUAAGUGCAUUGCAAGCAUGUGCAUUGGCAGGUAAUUUAGAAGAAGGUAAGAAGAUCCACGACAUCGGUACUAGGAAGUGUUUCGAGUUAGAUAUCAAGGUAGCUACUGCCCUGAUUGAUAUGUACAUGAAAUGCUCUGCACCCGAAAAAGCAGGUGUUCUCUUCAAUAGAAUGCCAAAGAAAGAUGUGGUUUCGUGGGCUGCCUUGUUAAGCGGGUAUGCUCAUAACGGAAUGGCAUACAAGUCAAUUGGGGUCUUUCGCAGCAUGCUAUCACACGAAACUUAG